GGUACACAAAGGAACACAAAUAAAGAACAAAUGAAUCGUGAUGAGGUAUGCAUGCUGUGUUCAGCUACAGAUUACCUGUUAACUGUGCCUUUAGCUACCUUUAUCGUCCAACGGAACUGAAUGUUACUAGGAUUUAAGGCAACAUGUCCAGCAUAUCCGAACUUACCAUUAAGGUCUCUCGACUCAUUUAGGUGUUUCGAAGCUGUCUGGGUGAAGCAAUGUGCAGUGUUCACCUUCAGUGCGGUGGGCGAAAACGUUGGUGGUUUGCAGAACUUCACUGUUAAGAAAUAUGACAUACAUUUAUAUUAACUUGCUGGUUUGCUGAAAUACCUCUCUUAUGAUUAACAGAAAUUUUAAAUUAUCAAGAUUGCAAGUAUCCUGCUUGGAAAGGUGAAAUAAAGGAAAGUUCUUUUUUUUUUUUUUUUUUUUUGUAAUACCUAGGCGGGAAACUAGCAACAUUCUUUGGCCACUUGUGGACAAUGGCGUCAUGUUGCAGCGAGCUGAGCUCCAAGAAUUUCAACCACUGUGGCCCCACCAUGCUACCUGACACCGUUCAACCGCCCUCAGGAACAGUGGGGCCUGGUCACCUGUCAGCAGACAAGAUGUACCACGAUGAUGCAGCACAAGCAGAUGGUGGUGUUAAUGGCCACGGGAGUGGCAGCAUCAUGGCCCACCCCUCUACACCUGCCCCUGGAGACAUUGCCAAUGGCAAAACUUGCACCUGCUUCAUGUAUGGAAUGUGUCCACUGGCAAUUUCAUCGGAGUCGUGGGAGAGGGUGGUUGGGGAGGCUGGAGGGAAGGGGGAUGCAGAAAAGAAGAUGGAGGAUGGACAGCCACUUGAUUACAUGUACCACUAUCACAUGUCUGGUUACCUUCCUUUUCCUCAUGUGUACACAGCUUCUGCACCACACCACAUGUCCCUUCCUGCUGCUGCUGCUGCUCCUGCCACUAGUCCACUCAUCCUGCUCACUCCUGCCACCUCCUCCCCAUCUUCCACUAAAUCAAUCCCAAAUUCACUCACUUCUCAAAAGAAUGAUGGGGAAGAAGUGCAUGAAGACCAUGGCACAAGAAGUCAUGAGGAAAUGAAUGGUCACUCUUCACCUGCUGCUGCUCUUCAGCCACCACUUGCUGCAGUGCCCCAGCCUGUGCCUGCCAAUGGUACAUACUCAUAUUCUUUCCUGGAUGACAGCAAGGCAGGGGUGUUUGGAGCUGAUGGCUGCUUGUACUCAUUCCCCACUGCACAUAAUGGUAUGGCUGCAGAUCACUCCUCACCCAUUAAAGCUCCUGUCUACUACCCCUACAUGCAUCAAGACCCUGCCACCUUCAUCCCCACACCCUCCUACAUCCCUGACACCUCCAUGGCCUCACCUGUGCCCUCUUCAUCCAUUUCCUCAUCCACCCCAUCGUCUGCAUUCCCCAUAUCUUCCCACAUCCAAAGCUCGGCCUUGAAUGGGAGGAGUGUAUUCAAGUCAGAUGGCAUUCUGUAUUACAACCAUUACCAGCACCCUAACCUCCCCAUAGAUAUGUUUGGAAAGCCACAGCUUCUUGUCUCCACCAAGACUGAAGGGAAGAUGUGCCUGGAGGACUUGUGGACAAAGCACAUGGGCAUCCUGUUCAAACACUUGCCAGACCAGUGGGUGUUGUCGCCACUGCACCCCAGACGCAAGAUGAGCACCAAGUGGUUCUCCUUCCGUGAUGUGGCCAAGGUGCGCUUCUACUGCAAGACCUGCAAUGAUGGGUGGACCAGCAUGUACGGUGUGGUUGUCUUCCAUUAUCGCUGGAACAAGAAGAUGCUGCAGGGCCAGAUCCUGUACAAGGUUGUGGGGCAAAAGUGUGGUGGUGCCUGCUCAUCGGAGGUGUUUGAGCUGCCGCUGUGGUACCCUGAGGAGGCACAGAAGGUCAUCACCAACCUGUACUACAAGAUUGCGUCCCAAUUCUACGACCUGGUCACACCACAGUACAUCCGGACCAGGCGGUACGGCCGGCCAGCAGCACACCACAACCGUAACCUGUGUGAGGGCUGCAUCAGUGGGCUGUGCAAGGUAGAUCCAGUGGCCUCAAAUACCAAUCAGUGAGUGAUGGCUGUUGCUGCUGCUUCUGGUGGUGGUGGUGGUUUUAUGGGUGGUACUCUGCAUAAAAAGGAACUGUAUUUUUAUAUUAACAAUCUUAUUUCUUGUUUUCACUUUCCAGUUUCAGUUGCAUAGUGAUGUUUGCUUGCUUUCUUUUCAUUGAUCCAUUCCAGUAGCAUUCACGAUGUAUGCGUGUUAGUGGUGAUUCUCUGGGCUGUGUAUAGAUGACAAUUUUGCAAGCAUGCCUGCCUUUAUUUCUUGUUGCUUUUGCUUGAGGUUAAGUUUUCAGUAAUUUGUCUAGCUGUGCAAUACUAUUAUCAUCACUGUAAUGCAUGUCACUCAUCUUGCACUGUUGUGGAGUCCUGACAGUUUUGGUGGGUAUAGAUUAGUAUAAGAAUUAAGUUCUACAAUUUCCUCACCUUGUAAAUUAAUAUGUGCUCUUGUAAAUCCUUUUUUUUUUUUUUUUUUUUUUUUUUUUUUUAUUGAUUUGAUUAUAUUAGGUUUGUGUGUGUGUGUGUGUGUGUGUGUGUGUGUCGGAGGGCUAUGCAGGUCAGGCAGCAGGUGGGAAUCUUGCAGGUAAGGCAGUAAAAAUGCAUAGAAAUUGAAUGCAGGGUGGGAUUGGAUUGAUUUUCAAUAUGUCUGCCAAUACAGGACAGCAGCACAGGUCUCUGAUGUGUGUGUGUGUGUGUGUGUGUGUGUGUGUGUGUGUGUGUGUGUGUGUGUGUGUGUGUGUGUGUGUGUGUGUGUGUGUGUGCAUGGUUGCUUGCUGCAUUGGUCUGCACUUCAGUAAGAUUUGUGAAAAAUUUUUAUCAAAAGCAA